CCCUCGAACAACCAUCCUGUUCCUGGCUAUCCGUCCAAAUAAGCGCAUUUACCCUGCUCAGUUUUGCAAACUAGCCCAGGUAAAACUCCAGUCGUGUCCUCCUCUGUCUAAGCUCCGAGUCUCAAUAUGAAUUCCUUGCGCCACUCUCGAUUACACACUCCAAUUUCACGCACUAACUUCCCCAAACUCACUUUCUUUCUACACACACAAACAACCCCUUCUCAACAUUCCAAUCCCUCAACAAACCCUUGUCAAAAUCUUGACAUAACCCACGUUUCUCAGCUCAUAGCAAAACAACACUGGUCAGAAAUCAAAACCCUUCUUAAACCCACAUCCCCCACAACAUUUCUUCAGUUGUUGUUCAAUUAUGGCACUGAUCCUGAGCUGAUUCUCUCUUUUUUCAAAUGGUCACAGCUCCACUUCAAGGUUUCACAUUGUCUUGAACAUUAUUGUAGGCUCUUUCAUUUACUUGCAAGUGCUAAAAAGUAUAGAAAGAUUCGAUCUUUAUUGUGUGUGUUUGUUAGAAUUGAGAGGUAUAGUUGUUCCUCUGUGUUUCAUACACUUUUGAAUUUUAGUGAUAGAGUUUCUGAUAAUUCUGUGAUUGUUGAUAUGUUGAUAUUGGCUUAUGUUAAUAAUUGUGAUGUGGGGUUGGCUUUAGAGGGGUUUGAGAGAGCUGGGGAUUACGGGUUUAGGUUGUCGGUUUUGUCGUGUAAUCCUUUGUUGAAUUUGGUUGUGAAAGAGGGGAAGUUUAGGGCGGUGGAGGUUUUGUAUAAAGAGAUGAUUAGGAGGAGGAUUGAGCUUAAUUUGAUUAGUUUUAAUAUUGUGAUUAAUGGGUUUUGUAAGGCUGGGAAGUUGCAGAAGGCUAGUGAUGUUGUUGAGGAUAUGAAGGUGUGGGGGAUUGAGCCGUCGGUGAUUACUUAUAAUACACUUAUUGAUGGUUAUUGUAAGAAGGGAAGGACGGGGAAGAUGUUUAAAGCUGAUGCAUUGUUGAAGGAGAUGGUGGCUAACAAAAUUUCACCUAAUGAAGUUACAUAUAGUAUUCUUAUUGAUGGGUUUUGCAAGGAUGGAAGUGUAUCUGCCGCUGUGAGAAUUUUUAAGGAAAUGCAGGCACAGCAGUUCACGCCUUGUGUGGUUGCCUAUAAUGCACUAAUUAACGGGCAUUGUAGAGAUGGGGAAAUUGAUAAAGCUCUUGUUUUGAGGGAUGAGAUGGUGGUUUCAGGUCUGCAGCCAGAUCUUGUUACUUUUAAUGCUCUUAUAAAUGGGUUAUGUAAGAAGAGUAUGCUGAAGGAAGCUAAAGAGUUGUUUGAUUGCAUUGCUAAAGAAGGUCUUUACGCGAAUGUAAUUUCGUUUAAUACAUUGAUUGAUGCCUACUGCAAAGCUGGAGAACUGGAGGAAGCAAUCAAGUUACGUAGUCGGAUGUUGGAUCAAAUGGUCAUCCCCAAUGUUUCAACUUAUAAUUGUUUGAUUGACGGUUAUAGUAAAAAGGGGAACCCUGAAACUGCCAGUAAGCUUUUAGAUGAAAUGAAGUAUAAGGGUCUGAGUCCCAAUGUUGUCACCUACAACAUACGUGUAGAUGCAUUAUGCAAUAAGGGAAGGUCCAGAGAUGCAGUCAAACUUUUAGACGAGAUGAUUGACGCGGGUUUAAGACCAUCUCACACAACAUACAACAUUGUAAUGGAUGGUUAUUGCAGGGAAGGCAACCUGCGAGCAGCUUUAAAUGUGAGAAGACGAAUGGAGACACAAGGGCUGCGACCAAACACUGUAACAUAUAAUGUGCUACUUAAGGGCUUAUGUGAGAAGGGGAAGCUGGAAGAUGCAAAUACAUAUCUUAAUCAGAUGCUGGAGAAGGGUUUGAUCCCUAAUAAAGUAACCUAUGACAUUGUUAGAGAGGGGAUGAUGGAGAAGGGAUUUGUUCCAGACAUUGAUGGGCAUAUCUAUACUAGUUCUGUAAGCACUUAACUAGCACCGAAAAGGUGCAUUAGUACCGCUAAAAGCACAGUUGGCUGAUAUAUUGAAAAAUUGGGAAACUGCCAAAUUUGUGUAUGUUCCCUGGAGAAGAGUAUCCUGGAACUUGAAUCUUAAAAGACUACUGUGGGCUUUCAUAUCUCGUCCAUUCCUCAUCAGUUUGAGUAAUUAAACAUGUCUCGGAAAAUUCUCACGAAGGAGAGUCCCACCAGCAUCACUAGUUGCCCUCAACAAUUGCUUGUUCAAUAUACGGAUCAAAAUGACUUGAUAAUUCGGGGUCAGAAUCCUUAUUUUUUAGCACCUCUAACAAGAUUGUUAGAUACCCCUGGAAGCGAAUACCACAACCAUGCGCAGCAAAACUAAUGACAAGCCUGCAUUUAUGUAAUCUAGAACAGUUCUAUGUCUUGCACGGACGGGCUAUAUAGCUAGUUUGAAUCGAAGAUUAACAUUAUGUAGAGGUUUUAACAAUUAAAGUGCUUUAGUUGUACCCAAAGAGUCAUCGGUGCAACGAUUACAUUUAGUAUUUGUAUAUACAUGAAACCUGCAAUAUAUUAAACUGAUGACAUUCUGUUAUUUAUCUUUGAAAUAGAUUUGUAAUUUUGGAUGAAAAUUUGAGGAUUUUGUAUAUCAGGUCCAGUUAAAGCAUAAUAUUGUUUCUCA